UAAUGUGACUGACACUGAAACACAAGAAACAGAAAAUUUAGCCAAACAAGAGCAAUUUAUUUCUUUGUUAGAAAAAGGAAUUCAAUUAGAGAAUAAAUUGUGUGGUGUAAUUCUUAAAAGAAAACAAAUUGAAAAAAAAAGAUUAAAAUCAUUUUUAAUUUCUUUAAAUCUUUAA